AUGACGUCCCCCAUGGGCAAGCCUCUCAUGCGCAUACCCUACACCGAGCUCUUUGCGCCGCCGACCCUGAUCCCCCGCAACGCAAACACCCUCCCCGGCGCCGUCGCCGCCCUCACGCGCUUCCUGACGGCGCCGGUCGCCGAUGGACGGUCGCCGACGACCGUCAUCCUGUCGGGUGCCGGCCUCUCCGUGUCGAGCGGCCUCGCCGACUACCGCGGCGCCAAAGGCACGUACCGCGUCAACAAGACGUACCGGCCCAUCUACUACCACGAGUUUCUCGCGAGCCAUGAGGCCCGCAAGCGCUACUGGGCCCGCAGCUUCCUCGGCUGGCCCUCGCUGCAGCGGGCCCGCCCCAACGCCGGCCACCGCGCCAUCGCGGACCUCGGCGGCACCACGGACAGCAGCAGCAGCAGCAGCAGCACCGGCUCCGGCCUCGGCCUCGUCAGCGCCGUCAUCACCCAGAACGUCGACAGCUUCCACCCGCAGGCCCACCCGCACAUGCCGACCCUCGAGCUCCACGGCUACCUGCGCAACACGGUCUGCGUCACCUGCCGCAGCGAGUUCCCGCGCGAUGCGUUUCAGGCCGAGCUCGCGCGCCUGAACCCGGCCUGGGCCGCCUUUCUCGAAGAGGUGCUCGCCUCGGGCGCCCUCGAGACGGAGGACCCGGACGAGCGCCGCGCCAGGGGCAUGCGCACCAAUCCCGACGGCGACGUCGACCUCCCCGGCGCCCCUUACACGACCUUUCGCUACCCGGCGUGUCCGAGCUGCCUCGCGCACCCGCCGCCACGAGCUGCUGAUGGUGACGGAGUUGACAGGGCUGCAGGGGCUCACGUCGUCGAGGUCGACGGCGACGGCGCCUGGAAGCCGGGCCGCAGCACGGCAGGCAUUCUCAAGCCGGCCGUCAUCAUGUUUGGCGAGAGCAUACCGGCCGAGGUCAAGGCGGCGGCCGAGGCGGCCGUUGACGGCGCCGGGCGGCUGCUCGUGCUGGGGACGUCGCUGGCGACCUUUUCGGCGUGGCGCAUCGCCAAGCGCGCGCUCGACCGCGGCAUGCCCAUUGCCGUCGUCAACGUCGGCGGCGUGCGCGGCGAGGAGCAGCUCUUUGCGGGGGUCGACUGGAAGCAGACGGGCGAGCAGCGGGUGCGCGUCGAGCUGUCGACCGACAAGGUGCUGCCGGCUGUCGUAGAGACGCUGCGCAGGACCAACGGCGGCACCGGCGUCAAGGUGCCGAGAGACGCGGCCCCGGUGGCGUCCGAGGUGCCGAGGGGAAACCAUGGCGCGUUCAAGGACAUGUUAUCAUAG